UUGCUGUCAUUGGCAUUGAUUUUGAGCCAAUUUUUGACAUUAAUUUGCAUUUAAUUGUCAUUUUGUGACCACUUUUUACACUUAUAUUUAAUUUAAUUAUCAAUUGAUUUAUAACUCGUUUGUAAUUAUUAUAUAAAAUGACAUCAAAUCGUGGUUUGAGUGAAAGCAUUGAGACUGAGUUGGAAGUGAUUGAAGCCAUUUAUUUAGAGGACAUUACCGUUGAAGUGAACCAAUCGGCCGAUCGUUUGGCCACUAUUUGUGUCAACGUAUGCCCGAAGACCGGCCACAACACUGACCAUCAGUUGGUUCGGCUCACUCUUGUGAUUGGCAUUCAUCAAAAUUAUCCCAACAAAUGGCCGGACAUUGAGUUUAAGAACAUCAGGGGUUUAACCGAUGAUAAGAUAGAGAUAAUAAAGUCAUCGAUUGAUUCGGUCUGUGAGGAGAAGGGAUCGGAACCAAUGCUUUACGACAUUAUCGAGAAGGCGAUGGAUGUGUUGACAACACUAAACGAUCCAAUGGGCAAUCGGUGUGCCAUAUGUUUGUACGACUUCACCACCAAUGAUGAGAUAAUGCGAAACGAAUGCUUCCAUCACUUGCAUUGUCGCUGUUUCGCUGAUUAUGUGUCCACUAAAAUGACUCAUAAAACACAAGAAUUAAAUAAUAGUAAACGAACGGUCAGUGUAUCGGAACUUCUAGUUCAGUGUCCCGUCUGUCGGGUAGAUCUGAAGACCAGUGAUUUAAGAGGAUAUGUGGAUCCAAACCAAUACUCAACACCCGAUUUGUCGAACGAGCCCUUAGAGGACGAGUCGGUGAUCAUAGAAGAGGCCAAAAAGAAUGUCACAAAAUUCCAUCCAAUUUAUGAAAAACAGCUCAAAAACGGCGGAAUCAUUGAUAUCGAGAGCGAAAAGAAUAAAUUCUUUAUUAGGAUAUCGGAGAACAAUGAAGAGACUGAUGUUUCCUGA